ACGCGCUUACCACACAUUGCUGAGCUUCUAAGCGCAUAUUGUUUCUUUUUCUUCUUUCUUCUUCAAUUUUUUCUCUAAAUGUUAUUCUUGUCGUUAAAAUUUUAUUGUAGCUCAUAAAAAUAUGAGAAAUCCGGGUGAAAGUCCAGAAGGACGUGUGCAGAGCGAAACUUCAAGCGAAGCAUAUGCUAAAGGUUCUGACAGAGACGAAUGUGAUAGUCCACCAUGUAAAAGACUGAAGCAAGGAGUAUUGUCCUUUCCAACAGUAUCUUCAUCUCUGUUGACCUCCACUGGAUCAUUCAAGACUUCAGUUUCUGUCCAAAAUGAGGCUGACAGCAUUAGCAACUGCCAAAACACACCAUCUGAACCAUGCAAGGAAAAAACUCAAUCCAGUGGAGGUCUUGUCACUGGCGCUCCCUCUCCCCCUGAUUUGAAGGAAAGUUUAGGAAAGCCACAGAAUACCACAGAUUUGUCAAAAAUUUCCAAAAGUUUGGUUCUUGAAAACAAAGAUGAUAAAUUAGUUGGGCAGAGAGAUGCAAGCUCCAUUUCCUCACCGGAAUCCACUUCCUCUUCUCGUGAAGAUGAAGCAAUGGUUAUAGAUCAGUCACCACCAGUCAAGGGAAAUAGAAAGAGCCCAACCUUAAAGAGUGCUGAAAAGUUGAAGAGGAAGGAGGAACGGGAGAAAGAAAGACAAGAGAAGCAAAGAUUAAGAGAGGAGAAACUAAAAGAAAAACAAGAGGCCAAGGCAGCCAAAGAAAAGGAAAGAUCAGAAGCCAAAAGGAAGCGUGACCUUGAAAAACAGGAAAAGCAAGCUGAAAGGGAGAGAAGAGAGAAAGAGCGAAUAGAGAGGAAGGAGAAGGAAGAAAAGGAACGCUUGGAAAAGAAGGGAAAGAGAGAGGAGGAAAGAAGGAAACGAGAAGAAGAAAAUAAUGCAAAGUUAGAAGAAAAGAGGAAGCGAGAAGAAGAGAAGAGAAAUCAAGAAGAAGAACAGACAAGAAAAAGACUGAAGAGUAAAGAAAAUUUUGUAAGCUGGUUCACCAAGACAUCUGCCCCCAAGGCUUCAUCAGACAGUGGAAGUAGAUUCAAACCAUUUCAGCCGAAAGCGGGAAUGAUCAUUGCUCCAGCAACACGUAAACACUUGUCACUUGAAACAAAAAAAGUCUUAGAUGAGGAACUUAAACUACAGGAAGACCACAGGUCCUAUCUGAGAGAUCUAGAGGCUAGAAAACCAAUUCUCAAAUACAGGAAGAGAAAACUGUCUACCAUUGAGGAACAGAAUGAAUGUGAUACUGAUGAAAAGACAUCUGAUGGACCUUUAGCAAUUGAUGAAAACAGCAACUCAAGUGUUGAAAUUGUUGAGAAAAAGAAGGACAUUUCUUCCUUUGUUGGCCUGAGAUGCAAGCUAUUACAGUUCCACACAGACUACAGGCCAGCAUACUUUGGUACAUAUAGAAAGAAAAGCUACCACAUCUCUCCAAGGAACCCAUUCAAAAAAGACUUGGACUUGUUGGAUUAUGAGGUUGACAGUGAUGAUGAAUGGGAAGAGGAGGAACCAGGUGAAAGUCUCUCACACAGUGAGGGAGAGGAUGAAGGUGAUGGUGAUGAUGACAAUGGAGAUGAUGAUGGAUUCUUUGUUCCUCAUGGUUACUUAUCAGAUGAUGAAGGAGUUGAGGAUGGAGAUGAUGAUGAAUGUGAUGUGAAUGAAGAAAAGAAGGGAGAGAAUCCUGAAAAUAAAAGAGAUCAACAGCUUGCAAAGGCCAAGGCAUGGGAAGCUGCAAUGAAAAGAAAGUGCAAGCCAAUGAAGCCAAUAUCACUGGGAUGCCUGUGGCUUGAGGAGGCUGAAGUGAGUGUGGUGCUCAAGCAGUUUGCUGCAUGCUUACUUGUUGAUGGACCCAUAAACAUUGAAAGCCUGUCUACAAACAGUAAGAGUGCUGAUUUCUCUGUGGACACACCAAGUAGUGGAAACACCAGUGGAGCUCUCUAUGUACCGGAUAAAGCAAUGCCUGACCUAAUAAAGUUGGUUCAUGGAAACACAGCAGGUCUCAGCAAGUUGAUGAUGAAGUUCAGAAAGCAUUGGACUUCAAAGUGGCUAGGUAGAGAUGUCACAGAUGAAGAAGUUGAUGAAAAAAGUCCAAUUUCCAAAAGACAACUUGAGAAGAAAAUUCAGAAUAUUGCUUCUAAGGAAAGAAGAAAUGAUAGGCCUCGCUGGUACGUCCACAGUCACAUUCUGGAAGCCUAUGGCAUAGAGAACUUGUUGGUUGAUGGAUGUACUGGUUCAGAUGCAUCUUCAGAUACUCCUAAGUCUUCUGCGACUUUGCAGGCAAAUACUCCCAGUAUCAUUCAAUUUGCUGCUAGGGGUGCAAGUCCUGAAAUGCAAAAUAACACUCCUAAGAUUCAACCAGCAAGUUUAUCAUGUACUUCAACUUCAAAUUCACCCAUGGAGAUUGACAACAAGGGCUUAACAGGUUUUGGUGGCAUUUUAGGUUCUAACGUGGUAGAUUUACACUCGCAAGUAGAUGGUGAACCCAAAAGCAAGAGUACUGCACCAAUCAGGAAUAACACUGAAUUAAGUAAAAUUACUCCUGCAAGUGCUGGCUCAAAUACAAUUCAAAAUACAGAAAAUAAUUCUACUGAAAAUUUUAUUGAAACUUUGUGUAUUGACUGAAGCUACAUCGAUGUAUAUCUUUCAUCUAUUUUGUACAUAGCUAGCUAAAUUUGUUACUGAUUAUUGAGGAAACAUAACAAUGUUAUGUUGGCAGUUGGGUUAUGAGGCAUUUUCUGUGUGAAUGAAAUAAGGAUUUCUUAUUGUUACUUCUUGUAGUCCCAAGAUAGAGUUACUGAUGAGUUUUGAUAGUUAUGCACUGAUCAAUUUGAAGCUUCAACUUCCCCCCCCCUCCCCCAUGGCAACCAACAAGCAUUUGACUGUCAUUUGUAUCUGUGGGUGAGGUAUUUGAACCUUGCUGGGUGGGAUGGGGCAUUUGAACUGGGAGGGUCAAGUCUUCAGCAUAAUACACAAGUUUAAUAGAGGAUUUAAAGGUAAGGAGUCUGCUUUUGUGAGUGAAUGGUUUAGAAAUACUAUUUUCAUCUUUGAAUGUUUACAAUGGAAAACUUAAUGACAAAACCAGAAUCUAAUACGACUUUGCUAAAUUGGAAUAUGUUUGCGAUCACACAAAGCAUCACUCAUUAUUGGGUGUGGCAUUUAAACUCAAUUUUGGCCUGGGGAAAGAGGGAAUCUGAACAAGCCAAUUUCCAAAAGUUCAAGUGCCUGAUGGAGGGGGAGAGGGAAAGGAAUGUUGAAGCUUCAAAUUGAUCAAUACAUUAUCAACUGUUUGACAACUAAUAUAAAAUGUGCCAUGUACUAGGAUUUCAACUUACACAGUUUCCAUGCAAUAAAUUCUGAGGAUAUUUAGGUCAUCAGUACAGCAUGAUCUAAUUAACAGUUAAUACAAAAUUUUAUUUUGGAAUUGAAAGAUGUAAUAAAACUAGCUUAGAAUAGAAGAAGUAAA